AUGACUACCUCACAUUCAACAGCAUCAUUUCGAAUUCCUCACCAGCGUUUUUCUGACGUCGAAAAUGAACCAAGAAAAUACCUGCUUCCUAUUAGUGGCUACCAGACAACUCCACUGGUAUCGUUAGAAGAAGCCAUUACACCAGUGAAGCAUCUUCUCGACGAAGAUAUUGACACCAAGGUUUAUAUAGCGAAACAAAACUGUAAAGAGCCAAAGGACGGUCUGACGCAGAAUGAGAGUGCAGCUCUCCAGUUGUACACAAUGGAGGGUGACAACAGCAAUGAAAGUCUAUAUUUGGUUCUCAAUCAAACGCUUCGCGCUGAAAGUCGAAGAAGGCUCAAAAUUUGGUUUCCAUUUUUGAAAUUACUUCUCACGGGCUUAUGGAAGUUGCCGAAUCAGAAGAUGUGUGUUUAUCGGGGAGUCAAUGCUGAUCUUAGCGAGAAAUUAAACAUAGGUGACACCGUUGUCUGGUGGGGAUUUAGCAGUUGCACAAAAUCAUUGGAUGUUUUGCAAAGCGAACAGUUUUUGACAAAAAGCGGAACGCGAACACUCUUUAACGUUGAAUGCUACAAUGGAAAAUUUAUCAGAAAUCAUUCAUUCUAUGAAGCAGAAGACGAAGUUUUACUCUUGCCAGCCACCCAGUUAGUCGUAGCGAGCAAAUUGUCGCCAGCUCCUGGUCUACACAUCAUCCAUGUCAAAGAACUAAAAAAUCCUCCAGUGCAACUGUUAAAACCGCCGUUUGUUGAAGACAGUAAAGUAUCACGUAAAAUCGGAGAAGAUCAACGAAUGUCCACACCAUUUUCUCACUCAUCUGUCAACAACAUAUGCAUCAAUAGUAAUAGUGGUUCUCAUGUAAGCAUUAUUAAUAACGGAAACUAUGCAACCAAUGCAUGUGAUAGAAUUCAAAGAAAACACUAUCCCGUGAGUAGCUUUGACUGUAUCACACUUGAUGGUGGGUUCGAUGUUCAAUUGAGUCAUUCGUAUGACAAACAAUCAGUGGUGGAGAUUGAAACGUAUGAGAGUCUUCACACCUCAAGAUGCAUUCAAACUGUGGUUGAAAAUAAGACGCUCGGCAUACGACUUGGUAGCUGCAGCUAUUCUGUUAUGAAAGUUUUCAUUCAAAUGCCCAGCUUACGUUGCUUAACCGCGAACGGUUCGGGACAAAUCGUGUCCACCAAUACGCUUCUUUCAGCGGCCGACACGCUACAACUUUUUCUCCACGGUUCGUCAAAUGUAAAUUUAGCAGUGGAUGUCAAUAGUCUCCAAGUGCGUCUACAUGGCUCUGGCUCAUUGAAGCUUCAAGGCAAAGUACAAAAUGUAUUGCAGCUUGAAUGUCAUGGAUCCGGGAUGUUUGAUGGUGCACAUUGUGCUGCUGAAGUUGCGAGAGCAACUCUCCAAGGCUCCUGUACAGCCUAUAUCGUUGGCGUAAAAGCCGUUCAUCUGUCAAUUGGUGGUGUAUCAAAUGCUUUUUACCGUGGACCUUUAAAAGAACGCCAUGUAGGGGGUAGCAGUCUGGCAAGACAAUUUUAA